AUGCCGAACUGCCAAAGCUACGGCUGUAAAUCGAGCAGGCGCUCGAUGUCCGAGGGCAUCUAUAUGACAAUCUGCUCCUUACCCGACCCUAUUCUGCUCCGGCGAUUCGCCCAUACAGUUUCAAGAAACGUGUGUGGCAUAUAUGCGCGAUGCGGCGAAUCCAACCCCUCCUCGUCACCCCUACCCGGCCCCUCCUCCUUGAACGCGACAUGCUGUAUCAGGACGGAGGAGAAUAACGAGAACGUCUCCUCGGCGACUUCUACGAGCCUCGCGUCUUCCUCCCUCUCAAAGCUCGCCAAGUUCAAUGAAUCCUACAAUUGUGGGAUGCGAUCAGCUUCACGGAAUACCACGCGGAAUAUAACAAGCGCGCGCGCCCGGUGGCGCGAGAACGACAUCGCGAACGCACCUCGAUACUCUCUCAUCUUCUCGUACACACCACUUGUACCAUAUAUGUACUAUGCCGGAACUAGCUGUACAUAG